CCAUACUUUUGUAGUGUGGCAGUGUGUUUUUGCAGACAAGCUGGAGCUGUGCUGAGGCUGAGAACCAGAAACACAAUUCAUACAAUUCCUUCACUGUCUGGUGCCAAUAUGUAUCUCAAGGCACAGUUGCAAUGGAAUGUUAUCAUUCCUGCUGAAAAUCUUGAUGCCAAAGGACUGGCGCUGCAGAAGGCAAUAAUAGUCCGCCUUCUGGACGAGUUUUCUGCUAAGAAAGCUACAAGCACUCUUGGUUAUUUCCUCGCAGUUACUACUCUGGACAAGAUUGGAGAAGGGAAAGUCAGACAGCACUCUGGGGAUGUGCUCUUUCCCGUAACCUUCACAUGCCUCACCUAUAAAGCUUUUGCUGGUGAGGUUCUAGAAGGAGAAGUGCAUAAGAUUCUAAAGCAUGGUGUUUUCCUGAGGUGUGGACCAGUUGAGCACAUUUAUCUCUCGCAUCUCAAGAUGCAGGGUUACAGUUUCGUUCCCGGUGAGAACCCCAUCUUUAUGAGCGAGAAGUCAGCAAAAAUCGAGAAAGGUGUAAAGCUACGUGUUAUGGUGAUUGGUGUGAGGUAUAUGGAGGCUGAAAGGGAAUUCCAGGCUGUCGCUAACUUGGAUGGGGAUUACCUAGGACCUAUUGAGUAGUCUUAACCAGUAUGACCUGUGAUGGAUUUGUAUUUUCUGACUUCUAGGUAAAUUAUGGAAGUAGAUUCCUAUCUCCGGUGUUUAUUUUAGUUCAGUGAUGUGCACUUCUCUUAUAUAAUGUAUUAUGUCAUCUCUGCGGACACAAAAGUUUAAGAAUGGAAGUAAGGAACUAAUCCUAAAUUGUUAA